GGCGGGACCAGUCUGGAGGCGGUAAUGGACGAUCUACAGCGCCAACAAGCAGCUCGUUUUGCCGUAGAGGAGAAGCUCCAGCAGGAGGGAAAAAACAGAACUUUCCGCAGUGUGGUACAGUCCCAGAUCCAUCAGCAAGCUGUGGCUUUUAGCCACUACCACGGCGCGCUUGGCAACACUCUCGCAGCUGGAGCUGGUUCCUCCACCGGGAUGAUGCGUCUUCACCGGGAGGACAAGGACGGGAAUUUAAAACCUUGCACUGGGCGCCACGGUGCGCUUCCUUACCACUGAUCAAGUUUCACGCACAGAGUCUCAGUCCGCGCACUU